AGGCACUGGGGAAAUGGAUGCUAAUUUAAACUUCUUCUUUCAUGUAUACAAAUAGGUAGCAUCUUUAAAUAAAUCUGUAACCUGGGUGCGCCUUUUGCAUGUGGUUUUUGAAUCUUUGGGAGUAUACUGAACAUCCUCUUAAGCAGAUAGGCUGAUCAGAACCUGCCAUUAAACACAGGAUUGCGUUGUAUCAUAAUUAUUUAUUCACAUGUCUCUCUGUCCCAACACCCUGCCCAGUUUCUGAAGCAAACAGAGUAUGUUUUUAAAACCUUUUUCAGUGAAAAAUUCUGUGUUACUGUAUAUAGUUGCUUGUAGAAAAGCAACAUAAAUAAUUAUACAGGCCUGGAGUGAUUUUUCUUCGUAUUAAGGUCUUUGAUGUGUUUUAUGUUUAUAUCGUCAUGUUUGGGUAUCUUUGUUCUUUACAGACUAAAGUAUGGUGGAAGAGCACAAUUAGGGUCAUUGAUUGAGAUUCAGCAUAAAUCAGUUGGGUUAUCUAUAUUCACCGUUUGAUAAUAGUUCCUUUAGUUUGGGGUUAGCUUAAAAUUCAUCCUAUUUCUUUUUCUGUGAGCCAAGAUUUGUUCAGCAUAAAGGAAGCCAGCUCUUUACAUCUCUUUUUAAGCUACCUUUAUCAACAACUCUUGGCGUGGUAGUACAUCUGUUAAUUACAUAUUCAUAUUUACUUCAUAAAAUAAUUCUGACUCAACUUCCUGCUUUGUUAGCUGUUAGUAUAUGUAUUUGAAUAUUUUAAGUGUCAGAUUUUCAUUUUCCUUUUAAAAAUUUUUUUAAUGUUUAUUUAUUUUUGAGAGAAAGAGACUGAGCGUGAGCAGGGGAGGGGCAGAGAGUGAGGGAGACCCACAGACUCCUAAAGAAGGCUCCGGGCUCUGAGCUGUUGGCACAGAGCCUGAGGUGGGUCUCAAACUCAUGAACUACGAGAUCAUGACCUGAGCCGAAGUCGGAUGCUUAACCCACUGAGCCACCCGGGUGCCCCUCAGAUUUUCAUUUUUAAUUUGGGAGAAAAAUACAUAGCUGCGGUAAAGAAAGCUUACAGAUGAAAAAUCAUGCAUUAUUUUUUUCAUCUUUGCAUAAAAGCUACAUUAACCCAAAUAACUUGUAUUUUAGGUUGGCUGGGUAUCCUCGUGAUUUUGCAGUCCUGUUGUAUCUCUAAAAGAGUACAUAACCAGUGUUUUCUUAUCUCCUAAUAUAAAUAUGAAAAUAGUGGUUUGAUGAUUCAGUUUAAAUCCUCUUGUCAUUUCAGACAGUAUGGAAGAAACUCUUAAGUAGGCUGUAUUGUUUGUGUAAAUUCUCAGUGUCUGUUAACCCUUGAAAUUCAAGUGACUGUUGAAGAAAGUGGUAUCUAUUAAGAUGACAUUCAGCUUUUGCUCCUCUGCACUUAAAAAAAAAAAGUGGCUUUAGAGACCUUUAAAAAACAAGAUUUUAUUUCUUCUAGGUAAUUAAGUAUUAAAUGUUAGAAAUACUGCUUUGUCAGCUGUUGCAGAGGCAAAAAAAAAAACCUAGACGAAACCUAUUUUUGGAAACCCACUUAUGCACAUUGCAUGUGUUAGGAGCACACACACAGGUCACAGAAGUUCUUCUGUGACAGCUGUAGAUGUGCAAACCUCAGCGGAGCAAUUUCCCUGCUCGUUAUUCUGUCCUUUCCACGAGCAUGUCAGGGGAAAAUGCAGUGUUGCCCUUCUGAAUGAGACAGAGUCAGUAUUGUCAUAUCUUGAUAAAGAGGAUACCUUUUUCUACUCAUUGGUCUACGACCCUUCAGUGAAAACACUAUUAGCUGACAAAGGUGAAAUCAGAGUGGGACCUAGAUAUCAAGCAGACAUUCCAGAAAUGCUCUUAGAAGGAGAAUCCGAUGAGAGGGAACAGUCCAAAUUGGAAGUUAAAGUCUGGGAUCCAAAUAGCCCACUUACAGAUCGACAGAUUGACCAGUUUUUAGUUGUAGCACGUGCUGUUGGGACGUUUGCUCGAGCCCUUGAUUGCAGCAGUUCUGUGAGGCAGCCUAGUUUGCAUAUGAGCGCAGCUGCAGCUUCUCGAGACAUCACCCUGUUUCAUGCUAUGGAUACAUUGUAUAGGCACAGCUAUGAUUUAAGCAGUGCAAUUAGUGUCUUAGUACCACUUGGAGGGCCUGUUUUAUGCAGAGAUGAAAUGGAAGAGUGGUCAGCUUCUGAAGCUAGUUUAUUUGAAGAGGCACUGGAAAAAUAUGGCAAAGACUUCAAUGACAUACGUCAAGACUUUCUCCCUUGGAAAUCAUUGACUAGCAUCAUUGAAUAUUAUUACAUGUGGAAAACUACUGACCGAUAUGUGCAGCAGAAACGUCUAAAGGCAGCAGAAGCUGAGAGUAAACUGAAACAAGUGUAUAUCCCAACUUACAGCAAACCAAAUCCCAACCAAAUAUCCGCCAGCAAUGGCAAACCUGGUGCCGUGAAUGGAGCCGUGGGGACCACAUUCCAGCCACAGAACCCCCUCCUAGGGCGAGCCUGUGAGAGCUGCUACGCUACACAGUCUCAUCAGUGGUAUUCUUGGGGCCCACCUAAUAUGCAGUGUAGAUUGUGUGCAACCUGUUGGCUCUAUUGGAAAAAAUAUGGAGGCCUGAAAAUGCCCACCCAGUCAGAAGAAGAGAAGUUAUCUCCCAGCCCAACUACAGAGGACCCUCGUGUCAGGAGUCAUGUGUCUCGCCAGGCCAUGCAGGGGAUGCCAGUUCGAAACACUGGGAGCCCCAAGUCUGCAGUGAAGACCCGCCAAGCUUUCUUCCUUCACACUACAUAUUUCACAAAAUUUGCUCGUCAGGUCUGCAAAAAUACCCUUCGGCUGCGGCAGGCAGCAAGACGGCCGUUUGUUCCUAUUAAUUAUGCUGCCAUUAGGGCAGAAUAUGCAGACAGACAUGCCGAACUAUCUGGAAGCCCACUGAAAAGCAAAAGCACUAGGAAACCUUUGGCAUGUAUCAUUGGGUACUUAGAGAUCCAUCCUUCGAAGAAACCUAAUGUCAUUCGAUCUACACCAAGCCUGCAAACCCCCACUACCAAGCGGAUGCUAACCACCCCAAAUCACACGUCUCUGAGCAUUUUGGGGAAAAGGAACUACAGUCAUCACAAUGGCCUGGAUGAAUUCACAUGCUGCGUGUCGGACUGAGCUAUCCCUGUUUCAUCCUAUAAGCCAAGACUCGCUACACUGUCCUGCUGAUGUUCACAGUCAUGCCUGGGAAGGAGGCAGCCCCAUUUCCAGUACAUCUCAGUGGGAGACAGACACAUGUGCCCCCUGGAGACUCGGUGGGGCAGGGGAAGAAACUGUGGGAGUACACGUCCCCAAAGCUGCAUCUCCAUGUAUGAAUCCGUGUCACCUCGCUUUCCUCUCAGAGACCUCACUGUCCCACGGCGGGACCUGCCUGAAAAUUGAGGGGACGAGGGAGCCCCUGCACCUCCUCCUUCUCUAGCCCUCUGCUCCUAGGCCCAGCGGCUCCUCGGGCAGCAGGGCUGCUGAGAGCUCAGAUCUGCGGCUGCCCUGCAUGUGUCCGCUCAGCCCUGUUGUAGGCACCACGAUGGUGUACAGGAGGGACAUGGCAUCUUUCUGAAUGGAUUUUUCUUAAGAAAUGUGCCACUGUUUAUGCCGUUCAUGAUAUCCCCCCAUCCUUGCCGUUACUGUCACUUGGCUUUCUCUCAAUAGGCUUCAUCUUUAUAUUUUUUAACGGGGAAAUUUUGCUCCCACCCCUGCAUUCUAUAUUCAGCUCCCCCUCCUCCACCCUUCCUAGGUACAGAAUUAUGAGAUUCUGACAGAAAAAUAAGAAAAUCGUUUUUGGUAAGCCUGUGAGCUCUUCAUAUCAUGUGUUCUAUUGUCAGAGAGAGGCUGGUGUCCUGCUUGGUUCUCCCUGGUCUCAGCUCCAGCAAGAGCAGGUGUUUAAACGGAGUCAAGCGUGUAUAUCACUGUGACAAGCCAUUCGUGUACUGCCCUGUUCCCUUACAGCCCAGCCAGCCGCCAAGGACUUGCAGCCAGGUUGGUCCUUCCACGAGUCACAAAUCACCCAGGUUUGUUUUAAGCAGACGGAAUCUGUUUGGCCUACGAGGGUGAAGUGAGAGAUCUGUGUGUGCAGGUGAGUGUGUAUGUAUGACCACGAGCCCCCCACCUUUCUGGCCCAGACAGUUCUGUGAACACAUGUGCCUAGGCCCCGGGAGACGUGCCUGUGACCCGGUUUUCGCUGGCUUGGGCUCUUCCUGUCUGCCCUCAGCACCAGCCCUCGCUGGCAUGGCAGGCUGGCCAUUCUGCGGCUCUGUGCACACAGCUGCAGAGGCAGGAAUAGCUUAGUGCCCCACACCCCCCCAGGCACAUGAGUCUGGCCACUCCCUGUCCUCCAUUUCAGGGACAGGCUGCAGGGCACAGGCUCACGGCACCGUGAAGGAAAACUGGAGUCUGGCCUUCCAGCUGUCCCUGGGGUCUGCAGCUGGAUAAAUGGCCAGACAGCCAGGUGGUUGCAGGACAGAAUGACUACAAUUGAGUUGACACUCUCCCCUACCUCCACCCCCCCGCCCUGACCUCCCAAGCAGAGUGCAGUAUCGCUAAAAUGACGACACUGUAGACAUCCAGAUCCUCAGAGGCUGGGUUCAGCUCAGCAAAGAGAACACAGUGGAUGACGGCUGAAAGCGAUGCCGAGAGAUUGAGCUGCCUUUUCCCUCCAGUUCUGCAGCCAGCAUGGCUUCUCUUCUAAGGGGCUGCUUCUCACCUUUGGCUUUUGCAAGGGUGACCUGGGGAUGUUCUCACCACUACCAACUCUUGGAGCUGUUUUGGGUUGUGGCUUGGGGUCCCAAUGGAAGGCCUGUGUCAGAGGUGUCCAGGGAGCAGGGCGGAGGUGAUAGGCAUCGCCCUCAGGGUUCCCUGCAGAGAAGCCCCCUCCAAAAAGCCCUGGGAGAAGAGGCAACUGGCACUCUGCCUCCCAUGCCACAUGGUGUGUUCUCUCUAAAGAAAGACAUGGGAAGGCUGUCUUGUGUCCUGCCCUGGAUUUAUUGUCACACACGGACACAGAAGGUGCAAUGGCUCCCUGGCCCUUACACGCACCUCUCCUGACCCAUGUGAUAUGUGACUGUUGAUUAGAGAAAAGCCUGCUGCCCAUGACUCUGCUGCCAGCUUCCUUCUCUCUGCCUGUUGGGAGAGUCCCUCCUCACCCAGGCCCAGGGGAUUUGGAGUUGGGGGCCAAGCCUGGUCUGAAAGGAGAACAGAGAAGCCCACCCACCCCAGUUGUAGCUCCCAUUUAGCUCUGGGACACAUGCAGUUUGCAUUGAGCCACAUGUACCAAGAAAGCUCUUCACCUUGUAGUAAGAACUCCAGGUUCUGCAGCCCCAUCCUCCUACAAAGAGGCCAUUGACGAAGAUCUUACGUUCCCAUUUCAUCUCUGGAAAGUUCCCAGCAUUCUGAUUGAACACUCCAGGGACUGGAAGAAUGACACCCAGGAGCCUCUAACCUUCGCCUUGGCCGUUCUGAGCAGUUGGUGCUGAGAGGGUUUCCCAGCCACCCCGUUCCUGGGACCCGAGCGUCACCAUUGUGCAGUGAGCUUGUGGGGUGGACAUGCGGGAUCCGUCUGCACGGCCACAGCAGACGUGCCCAGUGGCACUCGCUGUGCUGAGCCUGAUCUGUGUUCCCUUGGUUGAAGACACAGAAGUUCACAAGCCAUCUUCCCCCUCUGCCAUCACCACCUGCCCACUCCUAGAGAUAGUGUCAAAGAGGGGGACAGACUGGUUUUCAGCCCGCCUCUCACAGCUGUACCUUGCCCACAGCCCCGUUUCUAUCAGUCAGCGUCCAACCGGGGAAACAGAAGCCACUCCAAGUAUUUAAAACAGAGGAGCUUUAAUCCAGAGAACUGUUGAACACAGAAACAAGAAGAGCGGAGAGGCCGAACAGGAGAAUGAGGGGCAGCCCAGAGGUGGAGAACGACAGCAGGAAACUGCCACCACCCAAAGCUGGUGGGACAUGGGGAGAGGCUAUGUUACCAGAGCACGGGGACUAGAGCCACUGGGAGGAACUGGGGCCCACAGAGGCCGAUCUCGUGGGAGCUGGGGCCAUGGGGAGGCAUGGUCCCUGCCGGAAAAGUCCCUGCUCCCCAGGUGUGGGGGACAAAUAGCCUGGCUUCUGCUUUCCUCGUGCUCUGUAGUUUCUUCAGGUGCCUCUCGUUAGUUAAACCCCACUGGAAGCCAGAUGACCUGGGGUCCCAGGAGAAGCUCGCUGCAGUGGUCAGGCCCACCACUCAGAGCAGAGCGGGGGAGGUAGAGGAGAGGGUCUGAGGGCAAGCAGGCUGGGACGUGUGUGUCCUCCGUCUGCCCUGUGUCAUGUCCAGCCUGGUGUUUAUGUCCCCACGCUAUCCUAAGACCCCGUUGAGGGUAGACAGAGGAGCUGCCCCUGGGGGGGGUUCAUAGACUCUCACUCACCUAGAGAGGAGAAUGCUUUUGGAAGGGAGGGGGGAAAGCCUUUAUUCUUAACGGCUGUCCCUGUUUUCCUUUGGGGGAAUUUAUGCAUUUAGCAAUCCCACCUCACCAUUCCCCUCAGGAAAGCCAUGUCCUAGUUUUCUGUCCAUGCCUCCCCUCCAUUCCCUCUGUCCCCAAUUUCUGAUUUUCCCUGCCAGAGGACACUAGCCUGGACCAUGCAUCAGUGGUCAUGAGUGUUUCCCCAGGAUAAUUCAUUCAGAGCGUGAUAUUGCAGUGUGGACUGUCUGUCUGUAAGUAGAUGCCGUCUACUGAUCAGUUUGUAUCGUGUUUCCAAUAAAUUUCUGGAGAUUAUGCCUGGUUUUAUGCUGUCCUUUGCUGGGAUGGUGGCUCAGCCGGAAGGCUCAGUGCGCGCUCGCCCCAGCGCUCAGCAUCAGGUGCUCCUUGUCUUGGGUUCCCUGGCCCCCUGCGUAGCUCACAGGCCAGGCUGGUUAG